AUGAUGGCAUCGCUUGACAGACACUUAAAGAACAAAGGCUACACCUUGUCCAUUGUACGUGACCGAGAAUUUAGUUCGUCCAAACAGGUGUUGGAAGGCAAAGCGAAACAGCUUCGCUUGGCUGGCCGUGGUAAGCGCCCAAACAAAGCUCGACAAGUAUCAGAGGAGGAAGAAGAAAUUCUCUGGAAGAGCGGAAAACUCGGAGGUAAUAACCCAGAAUCUUUAAUUCAAACAAUGUGGUGGCUCCUUACCCAACACUUUGGUCUUCGUGGAAGGCAAGAACACCACGGAAUGAGACUGGAGGAUUUCAGAAUCAUGAACGGUGACGACGGCAUCGAAUUUGUUGAGUUUGCAGAAGGGCCUACGAAAACAAGACCUGGAGGUUUGAGUGCAAAGCCAAGACAGUUCCAGCCCAAAAUGUUUCAGACCGGGAAAGGAAAAUGUCCAGUUGUUUUAUUUCGUCAGUACAUUAGCCGUAGACCUCCCAAUCUGACGACGAGUGGUCCAUUUUAUCUCUCGAUAAAGUACAACAGACGAGCCGACGACGAAAUUUGGUACAAGGUACAGCCCAUGGGAGAAAAUAAAAUCAACUCCAUGAUGAAGAGCAUCAUCUCCGGAACCAGCCUUGAGACAUCUGAGAAGCGGUUUUCCAAUCACAGUGCCCGUAAAACAGUAGUCAGCAAAAUGAAAAAGGCGAAUCUCGAAAGGUCGGCAAUUGCAAAAGUCACUGGUUACAGAAAUAUCCAAUCUUUAGAUGACUACGAUGAAGCAGACGAAGACGAACAGCGACAGCUUUCGUGGGCCAUCUCACGAAAGAACAGCAUACCGAAGCCAGCGGGUAAUACACCUGGUCCUUGUACUUCAAGUGCAGUAAUUCCUCAUAAGAUGAGUUCACAAGCGCAGAAUGUAAUGAAUUCCUUCACCAACUGCAAUGUAACAUUCAACCUCAACAACAAGACUUCGCCUACCAUUCGCCCUUGCAAACGGCGAUUGCGUUUCAUCGAAAGUGACUCCGAUACAGAUUGA